CUGUGCUCUAAAUUGUAAUGUUGUAUUAUUUGCCAAGGUUGUGAGUCGCGUCAGUAUUAUUCUGAAGGCACUAACAUGCAUUUUUACCAUACUAACUCCAGCACAGUGCUGAUGGGGAUUAUUAAGUUUGAACAUGUGUGUCUUUGAUGGCUAAUAUGAUGAAAUUUUACAAAUAAAACUGUAUUUGUCAGGGUCAUCGCAUGGAAUUUUCCACCUUUGGUCAAGUGUUUGAAAAUAGAUAGGGCUUUGUCAUGAUGUAUAUUGGCUAUUUCACCCUAUAAAAUAAGACAAGCCGUAUCUUUUGUUUCCUCCUAAUGGCAGUAGCCUGAAUUGUCCUCCUGGUAUCUUGUGUAAUCUUCACCAUGAAAACACUUACUGUUGUUGCCUGAACUGUGUUACCAUGAAACACUUCCUCUGUUGUUGCCUCUGUGCUGUGUUGCCAUUGCUUUGCAUACAUGUGUGCCAGCAGAAUCACCUGUGGCCAUCUCAUUCCUUAGCCACGCCCUCAACAGGUGCACACAUUACGCCACACGCAGCUCUGGCUGCUAAGGUUGCCAUGGAGCGUCAAGUGGAAGCUACCACCCUGACACUGAACACGGGGGAGAUCAAGUUUCAUGUGGAUGUCAAACGGCUACCUAAAAUACUACUCUUCAACAUUAGUUCUGUCACUGCUAAGAAAUGAUCUCUAUGAAAGGAGACUUGUACCUCUUUUGAAAAAAAAGUGAUUUUAAAUAGCUCAGUGAAUUCUUCCCACCCCUCUGUUUGUGUUACCUGCGAUGGCCAGCUAUGGUCUGUGCCAGUGAGUGUGCUGGGAGGGUUUGUUUGAGUUUACCCUCGCCCGAGAUGGUAAGGCGUAUCUAGUAGCCAGCCAAGUGCCAGUCAGGCAAGCAGGGACGACACAUACGGGGGGAAGAGGAACAUGGCGCUGGAUUUUCGAGAGCAGAGGCCGGUGACAUCGUUAGCACCCAGGGCGUAGCAGGAGCAUGGCUCUGUCACCACCACAAGGUGCUGCUGAGGAGAGCUACGAGUUUGACAGCUCCUCUGAUGCCCUGGACAGCUCUGUGUCUGUCCUCCAAGACAAAGAGGGAGAGGAAGAGGAGGUGGAGGAGGAGGAGGAGGAGAAGGAUGAGGAUGGGGAUCUCUACACUUUGGAAGAGGUUCUCUGUGCUGAGCGUGUAGGCCAGAUGACUAAGACGUACAAUGAUAUUGAUGCAGUGACUCGUCUGUUGGAAGAGAAAGAGCGUGACCUGGAGCUUGCGGCCCGUAUCGGCCAGUCACUGCUGAAGAAAAACAAAACACUCAGUGAACGAAAUGAGUUCCUUGAGGAGCAGGUGGAGCACAUACGGGAGGAGGUGUCGCAACUGCGUCACGACCUCUCCAUGAAGGAUGAACUGCUCCAGUUCUACACCAGCGCGGCCGAGGAGAGCGAAGGAGAAUCGGCCACCUCCACCCCUAUCCGGCGUAAUGAGUCGACGGCAUCGCUCCCCAACAGCUUCCCUCUGGACUCACUGCAGAAGAAGCUGAAGGAGCUGGAGGAGGAGAACAUCGUGCUGCGCUCCGAGGCCAGUCACCUGGAAACGGAGACCAUAUGUUAUGAGGAGAAGGAGCAGCAGUUGGUCAAUGACUGUGUGAAGGAGCUCAGAAAUGCCAACCUCCAGAUUUCAACUUUGGCUGAGGACCUGGCCAGGAAAACGGACGAUGCAUCUCGUCAACAGGAGGAGAUCACCCACCUUUUGUCCCAGAUAGUUGACCUGCAGAAGAAAUGCAAGGCUGUACGUCCUCAAUCUCAAUCCUUACCGUUUGCAGUGGAGAACGAGGAGCUUACGCAGCAUUUAGGGGCGGCCAAAGAUGCGCAGCGACAGCUUACGGCUGAGUUGCGAGAGUUGGAGGAUAAGUAUGCUGAGUGUAUGGAGAUGCUGCACGAGGCUCAAGAGGAGCUGAAGAACCUGCGGAACAAGACACUGCCCCUCAGCACCCCACGCCGCUUCCACUCGCUCGGACUCUUCCCCAUGGACUCCCUGGCUGCGGAGAUUGAGGGCACCAUGAGGAAAGAGCUGCAGAUGGACGAUCCAGACGUGGAGGAGCACAAGUUGCACCCGAAACGUGUCUUCCAGACGGUGCGUAACGUCAACCAGACGGUGCGGCAGCGCUCCAUGGGCCCGUCCCCCUUGAACAUCCCUGGCUCCAACCAGACAUCGUCCAUGAACUCGCGCCGCUCCAGCUGCGUCAGCACGCCGCGCUCCAGCCUCUACGGCGGCGUGGUGGACAACCGGGCCAGCACCAUGAUCCUGGAGGGCCACAUGCCUGAUGAAAACAGGUUGGAGGACUCCAACAGGAAGCAGGCGGCGGGCUGCCCUGGCACGCCGGGCUCGCGGGACCUGGAGGCGGCGUUGCGGCGGCUGAGCCUGCGGCGCGACAACUACCUGAGCGAGCGGCGCUUUUUCGAGGAGGAGCGCGAGCGCAAGCUGCACGAGCUGUCGGAGAAGGACCGGCUGCUGGAGGAGAACCAGGAGCGGGAGGAGAGGGGGGAGGACGGCUCCGUGACGCCCACCGACAGCAUCAUGUCGUUCGGCCUGUCCUCCCUGCACUCCGGCCUCUCUGGGUUCUCGUUCUACGCGCCGCGCUCCUACCUGCCGGAGAAGCUGCAGAUCGUUAAGCCGCUGGAAGGCUCGGCCACGCUGCACCAGUGGCAGCAGCUGGCACAGCCCAACCUGGGCGGCAUCCUGGAUGCGCGGCCUGGCGUGGUGACCAAGGGCUUCCGUCCGCUGGAGCUGGGCGACCUGGAGGACGUCUACCAGUUCACCGACCUGGAGGAGGAGGACGCGGUGAGCGGGGAGCAGCGCGCGGCCGUCAUCGGCCUCCUGAGCCGCCACAGACUCUGCCAGAGCCGCUGCUCCUCCGUCUCCUCCCUGGCCAGCGAGAACGGCGUCGCCGCCCCCGGCACCCCGUUGCACAGCAACCACGUCGGCGAGCUCAACGGCGUGCUGCAUGCCAACGGAGGGCUGUACCAACAAGAGGCGUCGUCGCUGUCGGCCGCGAGCGAGGCGACGGGAAACGGGCAGGUGGCCACGGGAAGUUUGGAGACGUCGUCAGAAGCUGCAGCCUUAUCGUCUGGACAUUUCCCUGGGAAGUGUCAGUCCCACACCAGCUCCACUUACACCUUCACCACCUGCCGCAUCAUGCACCCCUCCGACGAGCUGACUAGAGUCACGCCCAGUGUGAUGUCCUCCUCGUGUGUGCUGUCCUCCUCCGGCCUCCUGCUGCGCUGCUCCUCCUCCACGCCGGCCUCCCCCAGCCCCUGCACGCCGCGCCGCCCCAGCCUGGUCCAGGCCGAGUCCUUCACCAACCUGCGUGACUCCACCAAGACCACCAGCACCUCACUGGGCCUGGUGCGUCGCCUGCAGGAGCACGGCAUCUCCGCCGGCGUCUACGACCCGUGCAGCUGGGACCGCGUGGCCUCCGUUCCAGCAGAGGGCGUCCAUGCGGCUCUCCCUGGCCACCCACCGCAGCAUACCGUCAUCACGGACCCCAGGCGCGGGCUGGCGACUGACGCACUCCCCUCCACGCCCCCCAACUCGCCCACCCGCAGGGCCAAAGCGCCGCGCCCGGUCAUCAGCCCGGUCGCUGACCCCCCUUUCCACUACAGCCCCUCAGCACCCCCCUACGACACGUUCCUGACCUCCAAGCCGGCCAGCUCCAUCCUGAAGGAGGUGCGCAAGGCGGAGGCGCAGCACCAGAGCGCAGCAGAAGCUGGCGCCGCUGCAGCAGACUCAACGGAGUGCCAGACGGACGCAGCCAGCAGCAGUGUGCACAAUCUCCGCCUGCUGGACAAGGUGAAGUGCCUGGGGGUUUCCCCCGGCCCCGGGGGUGCCCUGAUGACCCUGGGGCCCUUCUGCGGCGGCCUGCACAGACCCGGGGCUCCCGGUAGCCACCCCCUGGUCACCAGCCCCAUCGCAGCCCUGCCUGUGCUGAACGUUGGCAUGCGCCGCAAUCGCAGCUACCCGGCGGUGGUGGGGGCUAGUAUGGCUAUGAAAGGCCUGGGGCCUGACGGUGGAACAGAACUGCUGCUGCCCCCACCUCACUUACCCAAACAGACUAGCCUGAACCACGACUGAAUGAAAGCCUUUUUUCUUCCCUUGACCCCUCCCAUCAAUGUCAUCCGUUAAACCUCCGUUUAAGCGUGUGUGUGCUGUAUGUGUGAGCGUGCAGGACCCGAUGUGUGUAUACAGGAUGCUAGAAUGUUUUGCCUUUUGUGACAAAUCCACUCUGUGCCUGUAGGGGGUGUGGUGGGGCUGCUUGGACAGAUGUUUUUUUUUGUACAAGUGAGCCCUGAGUCCUUCAUUUGAGUCUGUGCAACGAGUUGCGUCUAUCUAUACCCACGAUACAGUUGCGUCAGUACUGUUUUAAGUCAGGGGUGUGGCACAGCUUCAUGUAGCGUCAUUACUUGGUGUGUAAUUAAUUGGCACAGAGAUCACGACACAGUGGUCAUUUACUUUUAUAAAAGCACUUUUUUGUUUCUCUUUUCUGAAUGAUGAAGGCAACUGUGGUGGGUCCCGGAAGACAUUUCGCUGUACUUCCUCUCUCUAUUUUUGCCCCAGACUCUUCUCUUCAAUCUGGGGCUUCAGCACUGUGUCCUACUAAUAAAACCUUAUGUCCUUACCCUCUCCGGGGCAAGAACUAAAUACCUCCCCGCAUUAGGGGGAAAACGUUGCCGAUAAAGCACCUUAAUUCAUCCAAUGUUGCAUUCAGGUGAGUGUUUGUUUAAAGUCAAGUAGUUGAAACCAUACUUCUAACAUCCCUAGUGCAAUCUGUAGCUCUGAAGGAGAGAGACAGUAGGCCAUGACUUGAGACAAAUUAGAUAAGCGCAAUGCCCUUGAAAAGCUUGAAAAGGCUAGAUCUUGGCCCCUAACUUAAACCAAAUUAUUUCGAGGAUGACGUCCUAAAUAUUAAUGUGUUCCUAAAUUUAAAAAGCAAGUGGUUUGUGUUGACCACUAACCUUGUUGCUUCCCUUAUUUUCAGUUGAAGGCUCAAAUUCAGUGGUUCAAUAGAGUAAGAUAACAUGAAUUUAACUCUAUGUAUGACUGAUGAGAAUGAUUGUGCUUUCUGAUUGACAAAGCAAUUCAUACCGAUUUCUCAUUUAUUUCUGUUUUUUUAACUGACAACCUAAUUUAUAAGGGUGUGUAUGUGUGUUCAUGUGUGCAAACACAUUAUCUGUAUAAAAUGAAGUUAAAUCAGUUCUAAAACCUAGAGUUUGUGACUUGAAUCCUGAAACGAUGCACACUUCAGCAAUUUGACAAACAUUUCCAGACCAGACCACCAGGGGUCAGUGUUGUGGUGAGCUGCGGUGCCUUGGCCAAGAGUGUGCAGGACUCAUGUAUCAUCACCUCAGUGUGUGAUUACUGUGCACAAACUGAACAAUAUAUACGCUUUACAUAGGUAAUAAUGCAUUUCUCAUCGUGGCCCUAAGAGCAUUGUCCUAGUGCCUGAGAUUUUAAGGUAAUUUCUUGGCAUUAACACUGAACCAGAAUAUACUGUAUGCUUCUGACUUUUUAGUGUUUGGGGAAUUAAUGAACUAUAAAUAAGCAAGACUGCUUCUCAAGGUAUGAAACCUCAGCACAUGUGCCACAUUGAUGUACAUCCAUAUUUCAUUAUAUAUUGUUUUUUGUCUGUUAAUAUUUUGUUUUGUGGGAAGAAAAACUUGGAUGUAUCUGCUGAGUAUGGCGUGUGUGCACUUAACCAUCAUGUAACUUGAAUGUGUGUUUUUUGAAUGUACCGCAGCAAAUUUACUGUUGAAACGUUGACAUGGCAGUUUUAAUAUGUUGUACCACACAAAAGGGAAGUAUGCCACUUGUAAAUGGUAAAUUAUGCAAUGAGUUUAGUCUGGCUAUUUUUCUAUUUUAAAAAACGAAAACAGGCAACAAACUAGAAGGAAGUGGAAAGAUAUGAAUAACUGCUGGAAGGCGUUAAAGGGAGAUGUACACGUCGUUCUGACACCCCAAGAAGCAUUGUCAGAUACAGUGAUCAAUAAAAUCCAAUGUCAUAUGA